CCCGCGGGCUCUUCCCACCGGGACUUUGGAAGGAAACGGAGGGAAAGGGGGCCGCGCCGGGAGCUCGCGCGUCCCUGGAGCGCGGUCCACUAUGACCCUCCUCGCCCUGGGCGCUGGAAGGCGGCUGGACGUCCUGCAUCCCUCGGGGGCGGUUUUCUUGCAAACCUUGCUGUGGAUUGUAUGUGCUGCCGUCUGCGGAGCGGAGCAGUAUUUCAAUGUGGAGGUGUGGCUGCAGAAGUACGGCUACCUGCCCCCGACGGAGCCGCGGCUGGCGGUGCUGCGCUCGGCCGAGGCCAUGCAGUCGGCCCUCGCGGCCAUGCAGCAGUUCUACGGCAUCAACAUGACGGGCAAGGUGGACAGGAACACCAUCGACUGGAUGAAGAGGCCCCGGUGUGGGGUGCCUGACCAGACCAGAGGCGGCUCCAGGUUCAGCGUCCGCCGGAAGCGAUACGCGCUCACGGGCCAGAAGUGGCAGCACAAGCACAUCACCUACAGUAUAAAGAAUGUAACUCCGAAAGUGGGGGACCCUGAGACACGCAGAGCUAUCCGCCGUGCCUUCGACGUGUGGCAGAACGUGACUCCCCUGACAUUCGAAGAAGUGCCCUACAGUGAGUUAGAAAACGGCAAGCGAGACGUGGAUAUAACCAUCAUUUUUGCAUCUGGUUUCCAUGGAGACAGCUCUCCCUUUGAUGGAGAGGGAGGGUUUUUGGCACAUGCCUACUUCCCUGGACCAGGAAUCGGGGGAGACACUCACUUUGACUCCGAUGAGCCAUGGACGCUAGGAAAUCCGAAUCACGACGGAAACGACCUGUUCCUCGUGGCCGUGCACGAGCUGGGCCACGCGCUGGGCCUGGAGCACUCCAACGACCCCACGGCCAUCAUGGCCCCGUUCUACCAGUACAUGGAGACCGACAGCUUCCAGCUCCCCAGCGACGACCUGCAGGGCAUCCAGAAGAUCUACGGUCCGCCGGACAAGACCCCCCCACCGACCAGACCUCUGCCCACAGCGCCCCCGCACCGCUCCGUGCCCCCAGCCCCCCCCCGCAGGAACGACAGGCCCAAGCCGCCGCGGCCGCCCACCGGCAGGCCUGCUUACCCUGGGGCCAAGCCCAGCAUCUGCGAAGGCAACUUCAACACGCUGGCCGUCCUCCGCCGGGAGAUGUUUGUGUUCAAGGACCAGUGGUUCUGGCGGGUGAGGAACAACAGGGUCAUGGACGGGUACCCCAUGCAGAUCACUUACUUCUGGCGUGGCCUGCCCCCGGGGAUCGACGCGGUGUACGAAAACAAUGAGGGCAACUUCGUCUUCUUCAAAGGUAACAAGUACUGGGUGUUCAAGGACACGACGCUGCAGCCGGGCUACCCGCACGACCUGGUCUCUCUCGGGAGCGGGAUCCCCCCUCACGGCAUCGACUCCGCCAUCUGGUGGGAGGACGUUGGGAAAACCUAUUUCUUCAAGGGGAACAGGUAUUGGAGGUACAGUGAGGAAAUGAAAACCAUGGACCCCGGCUACCCCAAGCCCAUCACCGUCUGGAAGGGCAUCCCCGACUCUCCGCAGGGAGCCUUCGUGCACAAGGAGAACGGCUUCACAUAUUUCUACAAAGGAAAGGAGUAUUGGAAAUUCAACAACCAGAUACUCAAGGUGGAGCCCGGAUACCCCAGAUCCAUCCUGAAGGACUUUAUGGGCUGUGACGGACCCACAGACAGACACACAGAGGGACACAGCCCGCCCGACGACGUGGACAUUGUCAUCAAGAUGCACAACACGGCGGGCACGGUGCGGGCCGUGGCCAUCGUCAUCCCCUGCAUCUUGGCGCUGUGCCUGCUGGCGCUGGCCUACACCGUGCUCCAGUUCAAGCGCAAAGGGACGCCGCGCCACAUACUGUACUGCAAGCGCUCCAUGCAGGAGUGGGUGUGACAGCCACCGCGUCCCUGCGCGGUCACUGCAGAUUCCAGACACGGGCUGUGAUGCUGGCUCCUCGCUCAGAGCGGGCGGUGCGGCCUGGCCGGGGCUGACCUUGCACCACAGGCUGCUGGUCCUGCGCGGGUGGAAUUUGGUCUCGGGGACGGUCCCCUGACGCAGGUCCCUGCGCCCGCGUCUUUGUCUUUCUUUGUCCUUCCUUCUAGGCCUUUCCUCUGCACGCUCGGCACCGGCACAUCUUCCGGAUGGAAACCGGGGGAGAUUCUUCCUACACGUGCGAACAGGAUGCCCUUCUGAAGUCUGAGCCCGUUCCUGGGGGGAGAAAAGCAAACCGGAAAACCCACGCAUUUUUGCUUUGCAACCAAGAAAUUUGUAAGAGGUUGAACUGAACUUCCAGGAGAGCAUGAGACCCAGACCAGCUUUGUCUCCAAAGAAGAGCGCUCCGACCCUGGGUGCCCGCACCAGCCUGUCUGGGCAGCGGCCAAGAGGGCCGGACGGCCAUUUCCAGCCGAGAGGCCAGAAUCUCCGCAAUAUAGUAACAGCCUUAACGACACCCCUACCCUCCCACCCCAUCUCGCAGGCCCUCGCCCGUCCCCUUGUGCUCAGAGCUCCACUCAGACAGGGUUUGGAUUGUGGGGAGUGUCCCAGACCCUCCCUGCCACCUCGCCUUCGUCCUUGUGGGACCCCCCAAGCUGUUUUAGGCCAUUGCCCCAGGCCUCCCCUGGGCCUGUCAGGAAGAUCAUUCUAGCAAGUGAGAAGCAGUUUGUCCCUAAGGCGGUGGAAGGGGCAGCUGUGCAUUAGGCCGGGUCCGCGUGGAGCGCGAGCCUUUGAGAACCGCCAGGUCAGCUCCCCUCGCGGGCUGCUUUCUUGCUCAUUGAUGAAUCUGAACAACGAGGCUCUGGUGGCAGCAGGUUCUGGAAGGUCAGCUGUUCAAAGCAGAUGUUCCAAACCCCAUGUAAUUUUUAAGUGACUUACAGUACCACGGACAUGCAUUCAUGGCAGACGCAGACCAUGUGACUGGCCAAAAGGUUUCCUGGCAAAUAAAAAGGUAUUUUAUUAUG